ACGAGAAGAGUAGGGAGAGUACACUCUCGCGAGGGGGGGUUGAGAGCUUGUUUGUGGGCAGGAGCUGAGCGCACGCUUCUUCAACACAUCCGCUCGGGACAGAGGAAGACCACCGAUAUAAACAAACCGGGUGUAUUUUGCGUUUUCAUAUGCGCGUUCACGUACAAUCACGAGCAAAGCGCGAGUAGCGUGCCAGGUGCUGAUGGAGCUGCGGAUGCGGGAAUGAGCGACGAUCACCGCGCUGACUUCAGUACAGCAUCACUGUAAUGACGCUGUUGAACUCCUUCCUGUGCGGUGAGGGGAAUUGUUUAUGAGGAUUAUCGUCUUAUAUCGAUUCAGAAAUAGGAAUAUAUUAUAAUUUUCGGACUGUUUAUAAACACGCUAAUUUGUCUAUGUUGUUAGUAAACGGUUUUAAUCGACGUUGUGAAAUAAGGACGAUCAUUCUGGUUUCUCUGGCUUGUUUUAGUAACAUGGCGGUUUUCUUACGAGCAUACCUUUAGUGUUUAAUAGUUUAUUAUAUAUUAUAGAGUCGAUAAUACGUGUAUAGUGUACGUCUGUGUUUAUUAAAUGUGUUAAAUAAAAGUUUACGUUGACCGUGAACCCCUCUGAAGAUCUGGGACACUUGAGGUUGACCUCAUGGAUCGACUCGGCUGAUUUCACUGAACAGGUUUCUCCUUCCUAUGUUCAUCCAUGAUUCUGCUGUUUGCUGAUGGAACAGAAGGUUCUCUCUAAGUCCCCCAUGGUGUCCAGACUGCCAAAAUUUAGUGCCCGUUCCGUCAAUGGUACCCCCUCUCCCCUUCCCAAUGGUACGACCCAGAGCGUGCCUUUACAAGAAGUCAAGAGUCCCCCUGCAAAGCCAAAUGGAUUUGUCCGAGCCUCUUCUUUUUCCAUGAAAUGGAGAAAGGAUGGUGGUGGGACAGUAGACCCCGCAAGCCCCGAUGAGAGUCAUCCGAAAGACGUACGCUCAGCAAAAACAUGCAGGUCUGCUUCCUCACUCUCUGCUGGAAGCCCCAAACCCACACCAAAUCCAGUAAAAUUUCCCAAACCCAACCUGAUUCCUAAACAAAAGCCCAAAACCUCUCAGAUUAUAACAACCAGCAACGGUCAGGACAUAAACCAUAAAAACUCAGGCUCCAAGCCGACUCAAAAUGGGACGCCACCUGGGCAGGCACUUUCUUCAGGGCUCCCGCGACCAAGGGCCAACUCAGGCUCUCAUGGAAGCAGCUCAAGGGACAGCUUAUCCCAAUCCAAUGAUAGUUUGUCACGACAGUCUAAUGUGCAUGACUAUAUGGUACGUUCUCAGAGCUUCACCCAUUUUAAGCAGCUACCCUCACCGACCAACGCUCCCAUGACGCGCUCCUUCUCUUUCAACAAAUCUGUAGAGUUGGCCAAACCAUUGGGUAAUACACAGCUACGACCUCCUCGAAUGCUCAGCCUUAAAUCCCCCCAAAGCCUUGGCAAAGGCCGCCUGGCGCUCGGUUUGGGGGGUUUGCGGUUUAGACCAGGGCUGUCAGACCAAUUCCCUGGUCCGUCUUCUCCUUUGGACAGUUUAACGCCUCCUAGUACCAUAAAGAGACCCCUUCUACCUAACUCUGUGUUGACAACGCCCACAUUACAGACUCACAGGUUUAAUCGAUCAAUUGCUGCCAAAUCGCAGUGCCCUCUGGUGGUUGGGAGGACACCUGUAGAAAAUGAUGUCAUAACCCCACCUCCCACUCCGGAGCUGCAUCAGAGCUGUGUUUUAAAGAGUGCAUCCAAGACCACAGAUUCCCCAGAGGAGCCCUCAACAGAGCAGGAGAUCGAUGGGAACCUCGGCUACACUAGGGAGGCCCCAGAGGACAUGUCUCUCUCCUCUGCGUCCUCUCUGGAAAGAAAUGACACUAGCGAGGAGUUCCUAGAUGACUUCGAGAACCCAGUGGACCAAUUACAUAACGGCAUCCCGCAUAACAAAAGUCCUGGGGCCACUUCCACCCAGACACGCCUUCAAAGUUUCCUAGAUGACACUAUUGGUCAAGGAGGUGGUAAGGCAGAUCUGAGGGCUGGACCACCCUGUGAAACUCUGAUAAUGUCCCCCGAUGUGGACCGUCAUGGGGGUCUCUCAUCUCUAGAGCUGUCACCCUCAAACAGCUCUGGAGGAACGUACAUGUGGGAUGAGGAAGGGAUGGAGCCGCUGGGACAGAACACACACAUGCGCCAUUGCAGUAGCUUUGAGUCAGACCUCAACAGCAUUGACAUUCUGAACAACUUGGAUAACACUGGGUCAUGUGACCUGGAGGAAGAGGACCUCAUGCUUGAUGUGGAUCUGCCAGAGGAUGGGGCAUUGCGCAGCGAUGGAAUGGCCCACUUUGAGCGCUCUGAGAGGGGCGGCCGGCCGGCUCAAUGGAGACGAAGACAGCACAGAUGGAGUGGAACAGAUCAUCCUCACAAUGACAGGCUGGCAGGAUUGCAUUACGAUGGGUUUCGUACGGCCCACCGCGCUCUCCCUCCCGCAAUUCAGCACGAUGACCAUGCGGGGGCGCUAGACUCGCUUGUUCUCAAACACAUGGCGGACGACUGCACCUCUGUCAAAUCACAGCUGUUGAAACUCAAGAGUCUUUUGCAGCUGGACGAUGGCGAGAUAACACCAGAGAGUUUGGAGACCAGCGAAGAUGACAGCAAAGUUCAGCAGAUGGAGGAGAUGAUGAAGGAGGUGGCAAAUCUCAGGGAAGAGCUGAAAAAGAAAGAUAAAAUCAUCACUCAGCUCACGCAACGGCAACAAGAAUCUCCUGUAAAAUGUCACUGUCAUCAGCAAAAGUGUGGGGUCAAAGGUGAGAGAAGAACACAUCAUGAUAAAUCCACUCAGACGGGGUGGCGGCCGCCCCAUCAUCAUCACGCUCCUCAAAUACUUCAGCCCAUCAACCGCCUCCCCGACUCCCUCAUCCAGGGAAGAGUAGCAAGAACAGUCCCAACCGGGGUCCGCAGUGAUGCCGGGGAGGGGUCUCCUGCUUUUCCGAGCACUACUGGAGUCCCUCGCCAGGAGUUGAGAUCCCUGCCUGACCCAGAGGAGCUAAGCCUGUUGCUUAGCACCCACCUUCGCAUUCAAGACAACCACGAGUGUGACUCACAAAUCGUGAGACCGAUCCCAAAUAAAGUCUUGCAAACAUCAACACCAUCAUUCUUCAGCCCUCUUUUCCUGCAGCGUCCUCGGCUGCACAAACGGGUUACCGUCCCUGCUCUGCCCGUAGGGGGCAGUAGUGAGGCAAAGCCUGGACCCACAAUGAACCACAAUGCUAAACCGCUCCCUCCUCCAACCAGAGGUUUACCGUGCAUCAGUUCAGGGAAUCGGAGAGAGACUCGUGGCCUGUCGUUUAAGCCUUGGCCACCGGUGGUUAAGACGGAGACGGUCCCCAAUGAAGGAGUGUCUGAAGCUUCAGGUGUGCUCAGUGUCUUGCAAAGCCAAAGAUCCUCUGAGCAUAAGAUGAAGCCAUAGACACAGAUACUGUAAGGCUACCUCCCUAAAUGCAUGCAGCUUGCACUAGCAGACUCUUAAAACUUCAAAGCUAAACAAAGCAGCUAAGCUAUUGCGUCUAACUAUGCAACAAAACUCCCGUAUGUCACAAUCAGUGCUUCUGUUGCACACAAUUUAAGAUCGUCAUCUGUCAUUCCAAACCACUAACAUUUACAUUUAUAGGCAUUCGUUGUUAUUCCUAAUGGAUUAAAGGAUUUAAUUGACAAUAUUAAUGAAUAUUGGAAAUUCGCAAAGGAUUUUUAUUUGAUAUCUAUUUGUAAUUGACAUAAACUGUCUGUGGAGCUCAUUUGAGACCCUCGGUGUCUUGAUAUUUCCCCAUGUGGCGUGUCCUGUGGACACCUGCGGAGAUUUGGCUCUCACAUAUAUGGGUGUUUGUGACAUUUACAUCACCAAUCUCCUGCAGCUUUGCUGAGAAGUGCUUAUUUUUUUUCGAUGUGCCGUCCAGGGGCUUUACUGAAGGAUAAAAAGAUUCAGUGUAUCACAUCACUCAAUUCACAGCUGUCCUUAAGUUACCACGGUGAGUCGGUUGUUCACUUUAUUUUCUGAAUUUACUGCAUAAAAAACAAAGCAAACAUCCAAAAUUCGUUUUUGUUCUGACGUCUUUCAUCUUUUUGCCUAUACGUGGUGUUUAUGCAAGCGGGUGCUUGUGGUUUUAUUAGGGCUUCAGUUAUGAUCAACAGAUUUUCGUUUUAAUUAGAUUCAUGCCUCCCGCAUUAAUGAAGUACUUUUUCUUGAUUAUGAAUCGUGUGGUAGGCACAUUUUUUUCUUGUUAGUUGCAUACCAAAUUACGUACUGAUGCUUUUUAAUUAUUUAAACAUUAUAAUAAUGUUUACAGUUUAUAUGCAUUUAUGAAGCUGCUCCCUUUGCGCCGAUCCUGCAGGAUUUAUUUACUGAAAGAAAGAUUUUCUGCCUUGAUUUUGGCAAUGCAAAGAAACUUAAACGCACAAAUAAGUACAGACUUGAGCAAAUACUGACAUUUCAGAAAAUAUUUGGGAAUUGGUUUGACCACACAGACCAAACAGUAUACAGGUAUGUUUGGCUUUACAAUACAGUUAAUAUAUUUAUUGUUCUUGAUGGUCAAGUAUCAGGUGAAUAUUUAGGUUAGGAUUUAAUUUUGAGACUAACCGGACUGAUCACAGUCAUCUUCAAAUUUGUUGUUCUGCAAAUCUUUACUUUUUGGAAUUAUAGUCAUCGGUCUUGGUUUCAUUCAAUAAAACGUUUUCACUUUCAGGUUUAAAAAAAAAAUAUGUAAGGUUUUCAUGUACCGCAUGGUCAGUCGUUAAAGGUUUUGUGCUCGUUGCAUGCCUUGAUUAUAUUAACUUAUUAUGAAAACACAUACUGUACCACUGUACUCACAGUGCAAUGCAAAAAUAUACAGAGAAACGCAUACAGUAUUGUACAAAAAUCGUAGGCCAGCACCAGCUUUGUUUUAAGUUUGAAUAAUCAUCAAUAUUUUUCGAUCUCUUUAUUAAAAUCCAAACAGAAAGUACAGGAAUAUGUACACAAAAUGUAAAAAUAUGUACACAAAAUAAAAAUAAAAUUCAGAACAAAAUGGCAGCUAAAAGUAAGUAUUUAGUGUUGACCUCUCUUGGCACUAAACACAUCUUGACCUCUUUCGAGGAGACUGAAGUCGAUUUCAAUUAUUUAAAGUCGAUUUUUUGAAAAUAUUCGAUUAGAACUAGGAUUUAAUUUCAUUUAGGUUUAAGAGAUCAUGCAGGUUCCAGUUAUUGCUCAAGUGUAAGAUGAGCCCACACUAAACACUUCACACUUCAGGUUGUAUUUUUUUAUUUAAUUUCUUGUAUUUUCUGGUUGUUUUCUAAUAAAGAGAUUGAGAAGUAAUUAUAUAUGGUCAUUGCAGCAUUGCAAAAACAACAAAUCUAAUGAUGGCUUAAGAUUUUUGCACAAUACCUAUCCAUAGUAUAAUUUUAAAUAUAGCAAGAAGCCACCCCUGUGCAUUUAAAGGAUUACUUCACUUUAAUAAUAAGAAAAAAUCCUGAUAAUUUACUCACCCCCGUGUCAUCCGAGAUGUUUGUUUUUCAUCGUUUUUCAUUGUUCAGUCUUCAGUUUUUUUAUUUUUGAGGAAAACAUUCCAGGAUUUUUCUCCAUAUAGUUGACUUUAGUGGACCUCAACAGUAAACCCACUUUUAACUGAUCCCAAACAAUUGUCAUUUUCGCCAGGAAAAAAUAAAAAAUAUGUAUUUUAAACCAUAUCUUCUCGUCUUGCACUAGCCGUGUAAUGCGCCAGCGUGACCUUACAUAUUACGCAAUCAUGUCGAAAGGUCACACAUGACGUGUCGAAAACUGCCACUAAAAAGUUUACAAGUGUGGAGAAAGAGGAGCGUUGUUAUUGUGGAAUAAUACUUUUUUUUUUAUUAUAAGUGCAAAACAUACAACAGAUAGUUAAGUAGUAAACAACGAAAACAUAACAGACAACAAAAACAAAAACAACAAUUGUGACAAUGAUUUGUUCUGCUCAAUGAUAUAGUAAAUAAAUGAAUAAUAAAUUAAACGGAAAUAUAGAUGAUAAUAUUGUUAUGAAGCAAUGAUAAUAAGCAAAAUAAUAAUAAUAAGACAAAAAAAAUAAUAAUAAUAAUUUAAACAGAUAAUAAAUAAUUUAAACAGAUAAUAUUUGUCGAAUAAUACUAAUGAAAGGAAUAGUUCACCCAAAAAUGAAAAUAAUGUCAUUAAUGACACACCUUAAUGUCGUUCCAUAAUCGUAAGACCUCCGUUCAUCUUCGAAACACAGUUUAAGAUGUUUUAGAUUUAGUCCAAGAGCUUACAUUUUGAAUUACAUUUUGGUCAAAAAAGAACAAAAAUGACGACUUUAUUCAGCAUUGUCUACUCUUCCUGUGAAGCGCAUGCGCGAGACUAAAGUCACGUCAUGCGGAUGACGUACAACGCGGCUGACGUGUUAUCUGGUGCGCCCCAGCUGUUUUUUUUGUGCGCCUGGGCUUCGUUUACAGUCUGAGGAAAAGACAAGCUGUAAGUUUGAAAAAAAAAAUGCAAAUAUGUCCGAGGAUAACACGUCAGCUGCGUCACUGCACUCAUGUGACUUUAGUCUCACGCAUGCGCUUCACAAUAGACGCGGAAAAUGAAGACAAUGCUGAAUGAAGUCGUCAUUUUUGUUCUUUUUGGACCAAAAUGUAUUUUCGAUGCUUUAACACAUUCUCACUGUUAGUCACAUGGACUACUUUGAUGAUGCAAGACGAGAAGUUGAGGUUUAAAAAAACUUUUUUGGGUGGGGGGUGAAAAUGACGAUCGCCAGAUCGCUUGUGCCUCGGUUGGGCUAGUUUAGAGCCCUUUUCGAAACUGCAAUUUGAAACUGUAAACUGUUGAGGUCCACAAUAUGGAGAUUCAUAAUCCUGAAAUGUUUUCCUCAAAAAACAUAAUUUCUUUUCGACUGAAGAAAGAAAGACAUAAACAUCUUGGAUGACAUGGGGGUGAGUAAAUAAUCCAGAUUUUUUUAAUGGAAGUGGAGUAAUCCUUAAAAUGCAGUCAUAGUCUGUGUACUGUAGAUGCAGCACUUCAUAACUCUGGUAUAUACAGUACAGUUUACCAGACGGUUCAACCCUCAACGUAAGAAAUAUCACUUCACCUUAGACGUUUAAUCUAUAGCGAAAUUGAUUUUUCUGCCAUCUUCCUACAAUGCAAGCAGCUUAGGGUGCUUAAGCCCACCUCACGUGGACACUUCAAGACACACCCAAAGAAGAGAUUGGCGCCCAUGUCUGUAUCCACCUAAAGAAAAUCAAUGAUACAAGAAUAUUUGUGUGUGUGCGUUUCUCUCACACAACUCUGUGGUUACACUAAGCAGAAAAUCAAUUGAGGACUUGUUUUGUAACGCUCGAGACGGUUUGUUUGUAUUUCUCUCUCUUUCUGUAUCUCUGUGGGUCUGAAGGGGGGAGAGGUCCCGCGUAAUGUGCUGCGGUCUCGCUAAUGGAAAGUUGCAGGAGUACAUCGAUUCAGUCUGCUGCGGUCAGAGGUGAAUGGCUCGUGUCAGUGAAGUGUCUGCUCGCAGCUAGUCUGAUCCGUCUUCUUUGCCCAUUACCCAAAUACAAAUAGAUUUAAUAGACAUCUCAUAAUGAAAUAUUGAGCUGGAUGUUUAAUUAACAUGCCAGCAGAGAUUAUUGCGAGCUACACUGCAAAAAAUGAUUUUCAAGAAAACAUUUUCUUAGUUUUUUUGUCUUGUUUUAAAGGGACACUUCGCCCAUUUGCAUUAAGCUUUAUAUAGUUAGAACCCCAGUCAUGUUUUUGAAUGCUCUGCUAAAAAAUGAUUUUCAAGAAAAACAUUUCUUAGUAUUUUUGUCUUUUUCUUGAUGAGCAAAACGACCCAAGAAAAUAAAGUCUAGUUUUUGGACCAAAAAUAUCAAAUUUUAGUGAUUUUGUGCAUAAAACAAGCAAAACAUCGGCCAAUGGGGUAAGCACAUUUUUCUUACAUUUUUCUUGAAUUUGAUCCGUCUUUUAGUAAAUUAGUUCAAGAUUUUUUUGCUUGCCCCAUUGGCAGAUUUUUUUUAUAUGCACAAAAUCACUUAAAUUUGAUAUUUUUUGUCUAAAAACUAGACUUAUUUUCUUGGGUCGUUUUGCUCAUCAAGAAAAAGCAUCUUAAAUUAAGAAUUUUUAGAUAUUUUACUGAAAACAAAAAAUGACUUUCUUACCUAGUAUUUUUGUCUUGUUUUCAGUAAAAAUAUCUAAAUAUUCUUAAAUUUAAAGUGUAUGUUCUUCAGGAGCAAAAUGACCUAGGAAAAUAAGUCUAGUUUUUAGACAAAAAAUAUAAAAUUUAAGUAAAUUAGUGCUUAAAACAAGCAUAAAAAAUCUGCCACUCGAAUAAGAAAAUGUUCUUGAAAUAAGUUUACUUUUUUUCAUAAACGCUUAAUUCAAGAAAAUGUUUCAUAUUAGAUUGGCAGAUUUUUUUGCUUAUUUUAAGCACAAAUUCGCUUAAAUUUUAUAUUUUCCUAGGUCAUUUUGCUCAACAAGAAAAUGCAUCUUAAUUUAAGAAUUUUUAGAUAGUAUUUUUGUCUUGUUUUCAGAAAAAAUAAGUAAGAAAAUCAUAUUUUGCAGUAUUUUAACCACAGACUGUAAAAAAGAUGAAUGAUGUGUCCCUUUAGACUUCUUUGUAAAAAUUAAGGCUAAUUAUCUUCUGAUGACAUCAUUUGGAGGAGUGACUGUGAGGUUGAGCUGCAAUAUCAAGGCCCCGCCCAUUUUCGACUUGGACACUUAAAAGUAAAUUAACGUGAAAAAUGUAUUUGAAGUUUGAUACUUAGGUUGGAAUAAAUAACUUAUACUGCAGCCAGCCACCAGGGGGCGAUCAAAAUGUUUUGGAUUUACUUUGCAGGACGUGAUGAGGCUUUAUAUGUCAGUUUUCACUGUCAACCAAGUAUAUAAUGGCAACACUCAUUGUUUGUUUGCGCGUUACUUCUAAAUUGCCGUUCUCCGGAGAGUGUUUACAUUGAAGACCUGCACAAAGGCGCCAUUAAACAAACAAACAAACAAACAAACAGCCUGCAUUAGAUUCCCAAAUUGCAAAACUAAAUGCACUCAUACAGAGACCUCAUACUGUUAUGUAAAAUACACUUACGAUUGCUGCCCAUACCUGUAUGCCUUCCUGUGGAUUCUUAUCACAAAAAAUCCUUUUAGAGCAUAUAAUAAAAUAAAAAUCCUAUCCGUACGGUUCACGUCAUGCCGUGUUUUCACACGUUGUUACCAACCUUACUCCAUUAAAUCUUGGAGAAAACAACAGUUGCCAUCUUGUUGGUAGACAGAAUAGUAGAGGAAUGAAUUUAAGCACUUUAAUUGACCUGUUAGACCUCUAAUAUGAGAUUUUUGUUGUUGAUUUUUUUUUGGACUGGGCAGAUUUACUGUCCUUUUUUGUGUUUAAACUUCUUUUAUUUGGCUAUUUAUGUGUUUAAUGCUUUGUCCCUGUGUGUGCUCCAGUGGAAUGUGUGAGACUUUAAUAAAGUAAAGAAAUAACAUA